AUGUAUGUCGUUCGUCUGUCUAUAUAUUUGUGUGCAAAUAUUGUGGUCACGAGGUCACCGAGGAGGCGCCCUAAAUCCAAGAAGUCCAGCAAACAAACACAGCAACCCCCGAAUCAAGUCGACCUAUCUAAGGGAAAUUUGAUCAAUGAUGUGAGGAACUCUAGUGACGUCACCCAGGCAGUACGUGACAGACUUUGUCUGUGGCCAACAGGGGGCGAAAUGGUUGCUCUGUUGAUGUUGCUGAAAGUGGAUCACAUGUGCACAUCAUUCCGUCCUACUGCAGUGACGCCGCCGCA